UCCCACUCCUUCUCCCUGCCCCUGCCCGGCCGCUCUCUCUCUUUCUCUCUUUCUCUCGCAAUUCCCUCCCUCCCAACAUGGUGGUGCUGGGCUCCGGGUGACCCCGAGAGGGGGGAGAAGGCGGAGGCGCAGCGCGGAGGCCCCUGCUCAGCCAUCGCCAACCAUCUCGACAGCCGCGCGCACGCCUAGAGCGCCUAGGCGGCCUUCCCCUUUUCCCACCCCAACCCCCACUCAGCUCUCAGGCAGGCCUAGCCGGGCCGGGCCGGGCCUAGCGCCUUCCGCUUCCUUCACAGCCCUCAGCGGCGGCUGCUACCACAACCACCACCCUGCGCGCUCCGGCAUAGCGGCCUAGGCUAGGCGGCGGCGGAGGCCAGAAGGCGACGCGGAAGAGGAGGGGCGGCGGCGUCUCGCUGUCAGGGGCAGCCCGGCCUGCUUGCAAGCGGCGCCUGCUGGGCCCAAGGCGGGAAGCGGCAGCGCCAGUUCUGGCCACAGCUACUUCUUCCUUUGCAGCUGCAGCUUGAAUUCAGUCUGAUGCAGGAAGAAUUGGGAGCACAAGAGUGUGCACCAUUUUGUCCUUUGCCGCUGUGGAUUGAAGGUACGCAGCCAAUUGAAGGCCGUUUGGCAACGUGCAAGAGCAACCUGCUGAAGUACUGGAAGAACAUGCAAUGGAAGUCUUCAGCUGGAGAGCAAAAAGCCAGUGGGUGGCCUCGGGGUGCUGUGGGUACGAGUGUUGCUGAAUAAUCACUGGCUGACAGCGACAUGACAGAGUAGAAGAUCAGCCUUACAUCUUAUACCAGAGAAGCCAGAUCACAGGAGACAGUUGACAGCACUAUUAAGCCUAUGCUUGGCCCAGCACAAGAGGACCAGCGACAACCUGUUUUUAAUCAACAACACAAAAUUGUGAUCACCCCAAUGUCACCGAAUGGCCACAGCUUGUAAAAGAUCACCAGGAGAACCUCACUCUGAAAAUAUUGAAGCUAGCCGAAUGAAGCGAGCAGCUGCAAAGCAUCUAAUAGAACGCUACUACCAUCAGUUAACUGAGGGCUGUGGAAAUGAAGCCUGCACGAAUGAAUUUUGUGCUUCCUGUCCAACUUUCCUCCGUAUGGAUAACAAUGCAGCAGCCAUUAAAGCCCUCGAGCUUUAUAAGAUUAAUGCAAAACUCUGUGAUCCUCAUCCCUCCAAGAAAGGAACAAGCUCAGCUUACCUAGAAAACAAUUCCAAAGGUGCCCACAACAACUCCUGCACUGACAGAAAAAUGAACAAGAAGGAAAUGCAAGGCCCAAGAGAUGACUUUAAAGAUGUGACAUUCUUAACAGAAGACAAAGUCUAUGAAAUCCUUGAGCUAUGUAGAGAAAAAGAGGACUAUUCACCUUUAAUCCGUGUCAUCGGGAGAGUAUUUUCUAGCGCUGAAGCUUUGGUACAGAGCUUUCGAAAAGCCAAGCAGCAUACUAAGGAAGAACUGAAAUCUCUUCAAGGAAAGGAUGAAGAUAAGGAUGAAGAUGAAAAGGAAAAAGCUGCCUGUUCUUCUGCCAUGGAAGAAGAUUCGGUUGCACCAUCAUCAUCAUCAUCCAGAACAGACGAUUCCACACAGGGGGAUAACAACCUACAAAAAUUAGGGCCAGAAGAAGUGUCUGUAGACAUUGAUGCAGUCAGACGGGUCUACAAUAAAUUGCUUUCUAACGAAAAAAUAGAAUCUGCCUUUUUAAAUGCACUUGUGUACUUGUCGCCCAAUGUGGAAUGUGACUUGACUUACCAUAAUGUGUACUCUCGGGAUCCUAACUAUCUCAACUUGUUUAUUAUCGUUAUGGAAAAUGGUAAUCUUCACAGUCCUGAGUACCUGGAAAUGGCACUGCCAUUGUUUUGCAAAGCAAUGAGUAAGCUACCCCUCGCAGCUCAAGCGAAGCUGGUCAGAUUGUGGUCAAAGUAUAGCGCAGACCAGAUCCGACGGAUGAUGGAAACGUUUCAGCAACUUAUAACCUACAAGGUCAUAAGCAACGAGUUCAACAGUCGCAACUUAGUGAAUGACGACGAUGCCAUUGUCGCUGCUUCAAAGUGCUUAAAAAUGGUUUACUAUGCAAAUGUAGUGGGAGGGGAUGUGGACACGGAUCACAACGAGGAGGAAGAUGAAGAGCCAAUCCCAGAAUCCAGCGAGCUAACGCUUCAGGAACUGCUGGGCGAGGAGAGAAGAAAUAAAAAAGGACCCCGAGUAGACCCACUGGAAACGGAACUUGGUGUAAAAACUAUAGAUUGCCGAAAACCACUUAUCCCCUUUGAAGAGUUUAUCAAUGAGCCACUGAAUGACGUUCUAGAAAUGGACAAAGAUUACACCUUCUUCAAGGUAGAAACAGAAAACAAAUUCUCCUUUAUGACGUGCCCCUUUAUAUUGAAUGCUGUCACGAAAAACCUGGGAUUGUAUUAUGACAACAGAAUCCGUAUGUACAGUGAACGGCGCAUCACCGUACUCUACAGUUUAGUUCAAGGACAGCAGUUAAAUCCGUAUUUGCGGCUCAAAGUGAGACGGGAUCACAUCAUAGAUGAUGCUCUUGUCCGGUUAGAAAUGAUUGCCAUGGAAAAUCCAGCAGAUUUGAAAAAACAAUUGUAUGUGGAAUUUGAAGGAGAACAAGGGGUUGAUGAAGGAGGAGUUUCCAAAGAGUUUUUCCAGCUAGUUGUAGAGGAAAUCUUCAACCCAGAUAUUGGAAUGUUCACUUACGACGAGUCUACAAAAUUGUUUUGGUUUAAUCCAUCGUCUUUUGAAACUGAGGGACAGUUUACACUGAUUGGAAUUGUGCUGGGUCUGGCCAUUUACAAUAACUGUAUUCUGGACGUCCAUUUCCCAAUGGUUGUCUACAGGAAACUAAUGGGCAAAAAAGGAACUUUCCGUGACCUGGCAGACUCUCACCCUGUUCUCUAUCAAAGCUUAAGAGACUUGUUGCAGUAUGAGGGAAGCGUGGAAGAUGAUAUGAUGAUAACCUUCCAGAUAUCUCAUACGGAUCUCUUUGGUAAUCCAAUGAUGCACGAUUUAAAGGAAAAUGGAGAUAAAAUCCCUAUUACAAAUGAAAACAGAAAGGAAUUUGUGAAUCUGUAUUCUGAUUACAUUCUCAACAAAUCAGUAGAGAAGCAGUUUAAGGCCUUUCGAAGAGGAUUCCACAUGGUAACCAACGAAUCUCCCCUAAAAUAUUUAUUUAGACCCGAAGAGAUUGAAUUGCUCAUUUGCGGAAGUAGGAAUCUAGACUUUCAAGCUCUAGAAGAAACUACAGAGUAUGAUGGCGGCUAUACCAGAGACUCUCUAAUUAUUAGAGAAUUUUGGGAAAUAGUCCAUUCAUUUACAGACGAGCAAAAAAGACUAUUCCUCCAGUUUACAACAGGCACAGACAGAGCCCCAGUAGGAGGACUCGGAAAACUAAAGAUGAUUAUAGCCAAAAAUGGCCCCGACACAGAAAGGUUACCGACGUCUCACACAUGCUUUAAUGUCCUUUUGCUUCCAGAGUACUCCAGCAAAGAAAAACUUAAAGAGAGAUUGUUGAAGGCCAUCACAUAUGCCAAAGGAUUUGGCAUGCUGUAACGAAAAUAAAUAAAAUAACAAAAGGGAUUUAAAAGAUUUGGUGGUGAUGGUGUCCCUGUCCAAAAUAAAUAAAUAAAAUAACCCCCAACCCCCCCCACACCCCACAAAAGGCCAUAAGAUAUAGAAAGCUACAGUAGUCACUCGUGUUUGUGCCCCCUUCUUCACUUGGGGACAUUGGGCUGGAACAGCAGAUUUCAGCUGCUUCUAUGAACAAAUUAUUUUUCUUUUAGCGUGAAAGUGUUACAUAUUCUUUCACUUGUAUGUACAGAGAGGUUUUCCUGAAUAUUUAUUUUAAAGGGUUAAAUCACUUUUGCUUGUGUUUAUUACUGCUUGAAGUUGAGCCUUUUUCUUUUUCUUUUUUUCCUUUUUUGAGUAUUUACAAGAAAACGAAACUGUACUCUCCCGAGGAAAAAUAUUGCCAUCAUUUGUAGAUUGUGUAACCUUUUUAAGUAUGUGCUACAUUUUUUCAUCCCAGUUUAAUCAAAUCAAAAAUCAAGAACUUAUACUUUUUUGGACAGUUUUGCUUUUGAAACUUGAAGUCUUGGAAAGCGAAAUGGUGUGAUGCAAUGACUGCUGUUCUAGCCCCCAAAGAAAUGUGUGGAAAAAUCUUUAGACUCAAUAAAAAUGGAAGGGAGAACUUUGGAAUGUUUAACUGCAGCCUUGAGAACUUUUACUUUAGUCACAGCACAACGAUUAAAAAAAAUAAUCUCAUUUCAAUAUAUAUGUUGUCUUUCACAUGUCUUGUCUUGUAGCAUACAGUGUUUUUAAUUAGAAAGGUUUCUAGCUGUAUGAAAGCGUAAACAUAGCUAGGUUGGGUUUUGUCUUUUCUUUUUUUUUUCUUUUUCUUUUUUAAAGUUGUUUACUGGGAAAAGUGCAUUUUCAGCCAAACAGCAUUAGAGUAGGAUGAAAUGUGUUGUUGGAGAAAUUGGAACGUUGGGUCUAUAAUCAAAAGCAUGUGAAGUGCACUUAAAACGAAAUUUUAAUUGCCUAUUAUGUUGACAUUUUAAAUAGACAAUCCAGUCUUCCCUGCAAGUUAUUUUAAUGAAUUGUUGUUCCUUUUUCAAGUCGUAUGAUCAGUGGUGCAGCCAAGGGAUUCUUCACCUCCUCCCCACCCCCACCCCAGUUUAGCAAUGGUGGGGGAAUAAUUAAACAUCUUAAGGGCAAGUUUGCAUUGUAAUACUCCCAGUUAUUCAUUGUAUGUCUCGGAAAUAAACCCUAAGCUCACUUCCAUCUCUUACAUAACAUGCCAUAGGUUUGGAGUGUUUUAAGUCUGCAUCCUACAUCAGAGGGACGGAUCCCUUACCUUUCUACAGAUUGUCCCUGCACGCUGGUGAUCUCCUCUGUAACAGUAUAAAAUAAAGGGACUGUACAUUUUUAA